AUGAACAAUGGGACCCGUCCUUACAUACUUCGUUGCUUAGUAGGGCUUUUCUGUAUCCCCAGAAAACGCAUAGCUUUUGGUACUGCACAUGGCCUUGAGUACUUGCACGAGCACUGCAAUCCUAAGAUUAUUCACCGUGACAUGAAGGCCGCCAACAUUCUCCUUAAUGACGACUUUGAACAUGUCCUUGGUGAAUUUGGUUUGACAAAACUAAUUGACAGAAAAGCAAUUCAUGUCACGACUGAAGUACGUGACCAUGGGUCACAUUGCUCCCGAGUGCUAUCGCGUAGAAUUAAUUUCGAUCCGAUUCGACCGAUUUUGGUGUUUUUAAAUCCAAAGCCUGAAGUUUAA